UUCGCCAGCAAUUACAAUUAACAAACCUUUAGGAUUGUAAUCCUUCCUGACUUUAACGUUGCUGAUCUGUAUGGGAGCUGUGUCUACAGCUGCUACCUCAUCUGGAAUCUGCAAUUAAUACAUAAGAUCUAUCAGAGAACAUGGGAAUAUUCGGUGAGAUAAGAAUACCGACCAGCACAAACACAACAGACCUGACCCUGAUACGGGACACCAACAACUACGACAUCUUCCUGAACUACGCCUGUGCUGUACACGGCAUCACAGCCUUCCUCAUCGGACUCACCUUAACCCCUCUCAUCCUCUACUACCACUCUGUCCAACAGCGAAGUCUAGCUGUCAUCCUCUUCCUCUGUAUCAGCUCCCUGGACCUGGCCAGGAGUAUCUACUCUCCCAUAAUCCUGGUCCCUAAACUGUUAUCACGUGAUCUACCUCAUUACUUGGAACUGGACUACAAGGGCUGGGUGGGGUAUGUUAAUAACAUGUUCCCUCUUUUAAUGGAAAUAGAGUUUAUUCUUCUGGUGGCGCUAUGUACAGUGCGAUAUGUAGGAGUCAGGUACCCUCAAAAGAGUCUCCGUCCAAUCUCACUUAUUACAAUUGCUACUGUUGUUCUCCGAGUGCUGUUCUUCUUGGCUGGAGCAAUAUCCAAAUGGGUAUUCAGGCCAUUAUUUAAAGUGAGACACAGCCAACUUGUCUUCUCGAUGAAUGAAAAGUACGCUCUUCGCGUGACGUUAGUCACACUGUACGUUAAAUACAUCAUGAUAGGAUUGGUACUGAUCUACGGGAUGGUGAUUAGCGUGAUGACCAUCAGGUACUUGAACAUCCUCAAGAAAACCACAGCAGCUUCUAAAAUAGCAAGCACUAGAAAUAGGAAGAGCAUCAAUAUCAUCGUUAUCAUGAACACUUUCAGUGGUUUCGUAACCCUGGGAAUCACAAUUCAUGCUGUUAACUUGAUCCUAAAUCCAGUUAAAAGAUACUCAACAGCUGAUAACUUUAUUUCGUAUGGAGUGGUGCAUGGGUUGCCGCUCAGUCAAUCCAUUUUCAACUCAGUUUCUUUUGUCUGCGUGAGUUCCUCUUUUAGGAGAUUUUUGCUGAAAUUGAAAAGGGGGUCUUUGUCAAGGACUAAUUUAGUCAGUAUCUCAGGAACAGUGGAACUAAGUAGCAGAAAACAAAGCCUCCCAACGAGCAGAGUCGAAGGUAACAAAAGGGAACGAAGCUCUGGAACGAAACUGUAGUCACCUAUUCUGAGAAUCAGAAUGAACU